AUGGCCACCGACAAUACAAACGACAGCGACGGCUCCUUCAUUAGCGAGCUUUGGGAGUUUAUCAUGGUGAAUCCACCCGGCAUCGAUGCUCGCGUGCUAUUGAUGCAAUGUUACCACAGACUUGGCUGGCACGAUGAUGCUAAACAUAUGGCGGAAGACAUUCUACUUUUCGAUCCUGGAAACACUGAUGCUACACGACACCUAUACGAGGGAACGAGUGGACCUGAUACAGUUACAAGGUGCUCUCCUAGCACAGUGUCAUCAAGUAACCCAUCAAGCACUCGACCUCGAGAUCCUCACCCAGUCCCACGAAACGGCAGGGAGCAAGCUAUCCUAGCAGAUGAAUUUUCCCAGCGUUAUGAAAUUGUCAGAGCCGAAGCCAGACAAUUGCUGCUGGAGGCACGAUUUGUUCAAGCUUUUCAUCAACAAGGGACCAACCGGCACUCAGAGAACGACCAGCAGAUUGAAAAUUCUCGAAUCGAAGAUCUCAAACUCAUCACCGAGGGGGGCAUCUGGAACGUCGUCGCAACAGCUCGUCCAAGGAGUGCUUUGACGAUUGCCCGCGCCGUUGCCGCUGAGCAGCGUGAAGAUCGAGUUCUAGACAUGAUAGUCGAUGACCUAGAUGGCAUGAUUCGUUGGAUACGCAAGACAGAAAACGAGCUAUCACGAGACGGCGACGAGAUUCGGGAAGCUGUUCAAAGGCGUGUACGAGUGAUGACCGCUGCGCUGCCACCAAACCUUAGGCAUUGGCCGUCGAUUGCCUUCAUGCAUGUCGAGCAUGAACAAUUGCAAAAAACAUAUCUCAAUGACGAAACGAUGUAUGGGGACAAAAUAGCAGACAUCCCGAGGGCAAACUUCUGGGUCAGCGAGGACGGGUAUGCUUGGGACAUGAGCGAGCUGGCUUCCUGUUUAGCAGCUACAAAUGGCGUGAUGCGGAACCCUCUCUCACGACAGAUCUUUUCUCCGGGCGACGUGAAGAGCAUUUUGCAACAUCCAUUGGGCAAACCCUUGGCCGCGUUGCAGGUCGAGCAGUCAAAUCUGCGACAAGGCGUGAGACCUGCGGCCCUUCGGAAGCUCGAAGAACUCGCCUCGGUCAUGAUGGACGAUAUGAGCCAGGAUCAGGCCCCCAGUCGAAACCAGCUGGAUGAAUUCCUGGCCUACAUGGCGACUCUUCCCGAGACCGAGCAGAGAGCUAUUGACACUUUGCGAGUUCCCGCCGUCGAUUCUCACACGGGUCAGCCAUUCGACGGGGCCAUAGGCGAGUUUCUUCGAGAUGCCAAGGCUAACAGAACUUGCCUUCAUAAAACUGCAGACUUCAUUCGUCAAGCGGUCCAGCAUCUUCGCCGAAGUUCGUCGACUUAG